UUAUCCAUAUCCAUACAGACGAUACAGACCGUACCACAUUACUACCACCUCAUUCUCAUAUCUCAUUUUCGUCACUCGUAUUUGCGGGUGUAAGCGAGUGUUUUGUCGUUUUAUAUUUUUUUUUAUAUACAUGCACAACGAUCUACUAAUAGUAUGAUUAAUAACAAUCGGCAGGCUGUAAAAACAGCCAAUAUAAUUUUAAGAGUUUUACAACUGUGAUUGUAAAAAAUAACGUGAUGAAUUUUUAAGGGACAUCUUGUUGAACGUAAAAAUUUUUAAUUAUAUUUAGCUAUCUAUUAUAAUCAUUAUAUAUGUACAAAAGUCAUAUGUAUGUAUAUUAUAAAUAUUUGUUUUAAAAUGUACAAUUAUUAUAUAAAAGUUGUUUUAAAAAUUUUAUUAGUUAAUACUAUUAUUGUGAAAUACGUAAACACUACAGCAAUUAAACAAAAUGAUCCGUACGAUAGUUAUAUAAUAGACGAGGGGUUAUAUGACGCUAAUGAUAGUGUUAUCGUUUUAAAUGUAACUACCUUAAAAAGUUCGAUAUAUGAGAGCAAAAAAGCUUGGACUGUAGAAUUUUAUAACAGUUGGUGUGGUCAUUGUCGAAGAUUUGCUCCAGUGUGGAAAUCUUUGGCUAAUGGGAUUGUUGGAUGGAAAGAUAUAAUUGAAGUGGCAGCUAUAAAUUGUGCUAAUGACGAUAAUAAUCCAGUAUGUCGAGAAUAUAAAGUCAUGUACUAUCCAACAAUACGAUAUUUUUCUCCAAAUACCAAGCCAGAUUCGCUUGGUAAUGAUGUAGACCAAGGUGACACCGAAGAAACAAUGCGUCAUAAUAUUAUUAAAAAUUUGCAAAAAGAUCAAAUCAGUGGAAUAGGUCUUUCAUGGCCGAAUCUUGCACCGUAUAGGAGUUCCGAGUUACAAGACAUAUGGACAGGAGUUCCUGAAGCGAUUCAGUUCAAAUUUUACUUUUUUGAAGAUAAUUCCUUUAUAGGAACAGAAAUUAUAUUAGAUUUACAUAAUAUAACAACUAUUCAAAUACGUCGUGUAACUGCUGACAAUCAAUGGCUUUGUAUGAUGUUUAAAGUAACAAAUUUUCCAGCAUUAUUUGGUUUCGAUCGACAUUCCACACAGACUUCUUUAAAGAUAUCAGUUCCUACUAGAAUUGGUGUAUUAGACGAAAUUAAAAAAUUUUUAAAAUCCAAGGGAUUAGUAAUAGAUAGUAAACCAAUAAAUAGUUCACCAAUACAAGUUAAAGGUGAAAUUUCAAAAAAAAAUAAAACAUACAAUUCAUUUAAAUUAAAUGGAGAUUAUCUUUAUCAAUCCGAUUUAGAAUCUGCAUUGCGUUAUUCCUUAGAACGAGAAAUUCCAUUAAUCAAAACCAUUGAUGAUGUAAAAAUCGAAUCAUUAAAAGAAUAUUUAAGAGUUCUAGCUUUAUAUUUUCCCUUAAAACAUAGAAAUUCUGCAUAUUUACCACGAAUAAGAGAUAUUAUUGAAAAUAAAACAACAAUUGAUGGCAAAGACUUUAGAGAAUUGGUAAAAUCAACCGAACAAAAAUUAUCGCCAGUUUAUACGUCAAAAAAACAGUGGGUUGGUUGCAGAAGUAGUAGUACUUCUACAUUACGUGGGUAUCCUUGUGGUGUUUGGAUGAUGUGGCAUACACUUACGGUUAAUUAUGCUAUAGAAAAUGGAAAAAGUAUGUCUGUUGAUAAAUCUAAAUGGAUUUUGACGACAAUGCAUGGUUAUAUAAAAAACUUUUUUGGUUGUUCCGAUUGCGCUGAACAUUUUAUAAGUAUGGCAGAAGAAUUAAAAUUAUUCGAUAUCGAUAAUGCAGAUGAUGCUGUAUUAUGGCUUUGGAAAGCACAUAAUCAAGUAAAUUCAAGACUUGCUGGUGACUUUACUGAAGAUCCAGAAUUCCCAAAAAUACAGUAUCCUUCAAAAGAAAAUUGUCAAAAAUGUAGAAAUGAUGAUGAUUCAUGGAACCAGGUCCAAGUAUUGGAUUAUUUGAAAAAAAAAUAUUCGUAUUCUAGUAUUCAGCAUAAUAAUUCAAAUAUAUUACAAUUACGUUUUGAUAAUAAUGAAUUCAUUCGUGAAAAAAACAUGACUGAUCAACAAAGAAUUGGAUGGGACUUUACAAUUUUUGAUAUCAGUAUAUGCGUGAUUAUUUAUGUUAUAUCAGCAACAAUGCUUGUGCUUGUUUGUAUUAAGUUUGUUGUCAAGCGUUCUUCCAAGAAAAAAUUACAGAUACAAAAUCUACUCGGAAGAGUAUGAGUGUGAUAAGCAAAUUAAAAAAUUUUUUUUUACCAUUCUUAUCCCACUUUAUAUAAACGAAAAGAUUUUUUAAUUUAAUGGUUGAUUAAUAUUCAUGACUUUAUU